AUGGACCGCGAGGGCUGGCGAACGGGUGUUUUGGAAAGAAUCGUCUGGGGCAUUCGUGAGCGCAUGCGCCAGCAGAGGUUGGCGGCAGGGUCUGGGGGUGCGUCGAGUGGCGACAGUUCUGAUAGCAGCUCCAGCUCCAGCUCCAGCCCCAGCUCCGGCGACUCGGGCUCGGGCUCGGAUUCAGACAGCUCUUCCUCUUCCUCUUCCUCCUCCUCCAGCUCUUCUUCUGCUGGCAGCCAGGAGCCCAAGGCCCUGCCCACCCACAUCAACCGGGCGCUGGGCAGCAGCAACCUUGGGUUUCAAAUGCUGGCCAAACUCGGGUGGCAGCAGGGCCAAGGUCUAGGCGCCACCAGCAACGGCAUUCUCGAGCCCAUCCGCCCACCCACCCGCUUCAGCUCGGUAAAACCCGCUCGCAACAGUCACCGCCGCAGCAGAAGCACUGCGGCCAGCGGCAGCAGCAGUGGUAGGAAGCAGAAGGCCGUGGCGAGGCCGUCUUUGGGCACUGGCACUGUGGAGUAUGUGGCUCCCUUGGAGGAGGAGCUGGCUGCUGAGUUCGAGUCGUAUAGGAGGAAAAUGAGCUGCGCUUAUCGCCGCACCCCCACUGACGCCGCUGCCGCUGGAGCUGGCCUUGGUGCUAAGCGGGAGGCAGGCAGGAAGCGCAGGAAAAUCAGUCAGAGCAACAGGCGGAAUCCUGGUUGA